CACAUUUUGCGUAAAUACAGCGCUCAGUUAAGCUUAUUGAACUCUCCACUUGGCCUUGAGGACGCUUGAAGAUCUUUAAAUUAUGAGCAAACAAUAAUAAUAAAUAAUACAAACAGUAAUAAUUAAACAUGAGCGCGUCAAUCUCCUCCCAUAAAGCUGAGAUCAUCACUGCAGUGUCUGUGACGUUUGGAGCUGCAGCAGUGGGAAUCCUCAUCUACCAAACAUUUUUCAACAAAACCAAAUGUGUGAAACCUAAAGUGAACCUUGAUCUGCAAAAAGACAACCCCAAAGUGGUGCAUGCGUUUGAUAUUGAGGACCUGGCCGACAAAGCCGUGUACUGUCGGUGCUGGAGAUCCAAAAAGUUUCCAUACUGUGAUGGCGCACAUGCGAAACACAAUCAGGAAACGGGAGACAACGUUGGUCCUCUGAUCAUAAAACGCAAGGAGGCCUGAGCAAUUCCACUGUUCAUGAAAGUCCCUUCUCCGCGAUAGAGAUUAUGUGUCUUCGCUUUACAUGUGUGGUCGGGGCUGCUGGGAUUAAAAGUGUGAUUAUAUUA